CCGUUUCCGUCCGUCAAUGUUGUGACUUGGGGAGCGCCAGUCGCACACAGCACGCAGAGCUACGGGGAAAACACGGCACAAGAAAAUAGGUGUUUAUUUUCCCAAUCCGAGUGGGUGCGGAGUUUGGCCGAGAAACAUUCCCUAACGUGCGCUGGUAGCAGCACUACAGCACGCAGGAACCUAGCCGUGUGUUGCUAAACGUUUGAUUAAUGCGAAAAAGAGGCUUACAUCUUUGUUCUGUUAGUUUGUGUAAAACCUCCUCAGUGCACCAUCCAUUUGUUUGUGUUGUUCCUUCGUGGUCUUCUCCUUUGUUGCAGAUAGCGAAGGGCGAUAUAUCGUGCAAUCUGCUGUGAUUUAACCACCCUCAGCGCAUACAAAGUUGGGUGGCAUUUGAUAGUGAUUUGUUUGCAGUGCACCGAUUCGCAUCACGAGUGUUUGUGUACCGAAAAAUGGUUGUGUUGUGUUGCUAAAAGUGUUUGUGCGCAGUUUGCUAAUCUUUCUCCGCUGAUCGAAACGAAGUGUCCUUCGCUGUCCCACACAGUGUAGCGUGCGUGCGUUUGAGCAGAAAGAAAUAGUUUCUGCUGUGUGUGUGUGUACGUGUUUUUUUUUGCGUUCUUUACUACCCCGUCACAAUGGAAGACUUUACCCCGCUGAUCAAUCUACAGUUUCACAAUUAAAACUAUUGCUCAUCGUCGUACCCGUCGUGGAAAAAUUACAGCUGCAGAAACCGUGAAAAUAACCGGAAAAAAAUUACAGAUAACUGUGGGUGCAACAACUGUACGCGAUGCUUCUUCUCCCACUGCCACGAUAACAACCGACCAGCACAAUCGCCUGUUGACUCACGUCGGAGUCGUCGCAAAGAGAGAAAAAAAAAAGUUUUCCAUAUAAUACUGCCACCAGCUCCUCGCAAGAAGUUUGAGAUAAAACUGCACAAAAAAGUGCAAUUGCGGCGCACACACACGCAUAAGUCUGUUGUGUCUAUCCCGGAACGUCCGGCCGAGAGUAAAGCUUGGUGCCAGUACCAAACAGGAAGACGAACGAGCGCGCGCGCACACACAAAAGAGAGCGGGUGGCAGAUACACCCGCAUAAUUGUGUUCCACCCGGCAAAAAACGGCAGAAUUUAAUUGUUUAGCGCCCGCAAGAUGAAAAACGAACGUGAACCCUUGCUGGGCAGUGCGGCCGACGGCGCAAGCAACGGAUCGGGUCUGGAUCCUUUGGCCGAGCAUCAGCGACUUCUCGCCCGGCCCGACCUUCGCAGUUCGCCCGAAAACAUGAUCGUCGACGCAUCGAACGAUACGGACAGCUUGAUGGCCAAGGAAGACCCCACGUACGGGUCGUCGUCGGGCGAGCCGUACGAACCGUCGAUGCACCGCACACUGGAACAUCCGACCACGAACCUCGACACCAUGAUCCACCUGCUGAAGGGUAACAUCGGCACCGGCAUCCUCGCAAUGCCGGACGCAUUCAAGCACGCCGGGCUGUACGUCGGCCUGUUCGGGACCCUGCUUAUGGGCGCAAUCUGUACGCACUGUAUGCACAUGCUGGUGAACUGUUCGCACGAGCUGUGCCGGCGGCUGCAGGUACCCUCGCUAAGCUUUGCCGACGUGUGUCAGCGUGCGUUCGAAUCUGGCCCGAUCGGGCUGCGGCGGUACUCGAAGCUGGCCACCAAUCUGAUCAACAUGUUUCUGGUCAUCACGCAGCUGGGGUUCUGCUGCGUGUACUUUGUGUUUGUGGCGGCCAAUUUGCGCGAAGUCAUCGCGCACUAUUUCUUCGAUCUGCACACGCGUGUGUAUCUGCUGCUGCUGCUUAUUCCGAUGGUGCUGCUAAAUUUGGUGAAGAAUUUAAAGUACCUUACACCGAUCUCGUUGAUUGCCGCGUUACUGACGGUUACGGGACUUUCCUGUACCUUCUACUACAUGCUGCAGGAUCUGCCCAACACGCAUACCGUCAAGCCGUACGCCACGUGGGCCCAGCUACCGCUCUACUUCGGUACAGCGAUCUACGCGUUCGAGGGCAUCGGCAUGGUACUGCCGCUGGAGAACAACAUGAAAACACCGGAAGACUUUGGCGGCUGGUCGGGCGUGCUGAACACCGGCAUGGUAAUUGUCGCCUGCCUGUACACCGCCGUCGGUUUCUUCGGUUAUCUGAAGUACGGUGAUUCGGUUAAGGGCAGCAUUACGCUCAAUCUUCCCGGCGAGGAAUUUAUUGCACAGCUGGUGCGCAUCAUGAUGGCACUCGCCAUCUUUUUCUCCUACUCGCUACAAUUCUUCGUGCCGAUGUCGAUACUGAGCGUGCACAUCAGGCGACGGCUGCACACGGAACAGUCGCGACUGAUCGGUGAAUAUCUAACCCGGGUUUCGCUCGUCGUCUUUACCUUCAUACUGGCCGCCAUGAUACCGAACCUCGGGGCCGUCAUUUCACUCGUUGGAGCGGUCAGCAGCUCUACGCUGGCCCUUAUCUUUCCGCCACUGAUUGAAAUCGUUACCUUCUGGCCGGACAAGCUGGGAAGGCACUAUUGGGUGCUGUGGAAGGAUGUGGCCAUUAUGGUGUUUGGCAUACUGGGAUUUAUCUUCGGCACGUACACCAGCGUGGCACAAAUAUUGAACCCGGAUUUGGUUUAAAAAGGCAGCACAGGCGGAUGAUCACAGGGGGGAUAUUGGACAGCCGUGUACAUUGCGAUAUAUGUAUUGUGUUUGUUUCGUUCGCUCGUUUGUUUCAUGUUUCAGGGGGUUUUUUUCUAGUGUGUUUGAGGGUUUUUUUGUUGGGGGGAAUCAAAAUUAAGAAUCACAUAAUCGGUUAAAAAAACCAACCUUAUAACCAGCCCUAGUGGUAUUUCGAUGAUAUGAGCAGGUCGAUUUCUCUCCUAUCGAAUAAUUAGACAUUGGAAUGCAACGAUACAAAUCAUCGUUCCGCUAGUGUACACACAGAGCCAAAUGCUUCCAUCUUUAUACGAAACCGUGCGCUAGAGUCUAGAAAACAUAUGUACACGGUACUGACUAACCAUUAAAAACGGAUAAUAAUUGUAAUCGUAUUGAAACAUUCAACUGCAACUAGAAUGCAAACCCCGAGGGAGGGAGAGAGAGCGAGUGGAAGGAAGGGUUGCUAAAAUCACAUGUCCCGAGUGAUAGGAUCCAAAAGGCGCAUGACAAUAAUAUUUACUCAAACAGUGCGUGCAAUGCUGGAAUGAAUGUGUAGAGACUAUCAGGAACACUUCAGGUUAAAAUCUCACCUCAGAUAGAAUGUAGGCAGCCCCGUGCGGCAUAACUAGCUUAGUUGGACUUAAGCUUUGAUUUGUUGCCAAAAUUUAGAAAUUAUCAUAUUCUCCAUACAUACAAUCGUACUUGCCCUUGAAUUCUAGUAUUGAACCCAGAUGGUCUCUGAUAGAUAUAAAAAGAGAUGGUCUCCGAAGAUUGCACCUCUGAGUCGCGGAUGGCUCUCUCUAGCCUCAAAUUGAAAAGAAGACAGGCAGGCACCCUUGGUGGUAGUCCUGAGGGCCCUGAGAGUUUUCCAUCCACCUUCACCACCUGCCAUGUGAUGUGUAAAAUUUUACUAAGUUACUAAUUUUAGCUAAGCUAGAUAGAACCCGCAGCUGCCUAUAUUCUAUCGAGAAGUGUUAUUAACUUAAGCUCCCAACGGUCUCUACAAACGGCAACAUCUAUUGAUGGUGAUAAAUACUGUAAAAAAAAACGUGUGGAAGGAAACAAUAACUAAGUUUAGCGUCGAUAUUACCAUUAGCAUCUUUGUAGCAUUUAGAUGUUGUGGCGUUCUGUUCCGAUCACAAACCGAUGGGGCUGCUGCACCGGGUUGACAAUCAACCUCCGCACAGCACAAAGCUACUACACAGCGCUCAAAAAUAUCCUCAUCCUUAGUCAUCUAUCUGUAGCAAACCAUAGUGUGGCUAGUAAGCGGAAUACGAAAAAAAGGCUGUUUACAAUGUUUUCCGUUCUGUUUGUUGUUUUGUUGUGUUUUUGGUGUGUAAGAAUUAACUGUGCGUCCGGCGCUAAUAGGGCUAACCGGCGAACCCGGCAUAUAUCUAUAGACAAGCGCAGCAUUAUUUAUUUGUAAGCGCAGUGAUGUGCAUGUGCGUGCGUAUCAGGGGAUGGAAGAGAAGCCUAUUAAAAGUUCGGGGGAGCUUACCGAAACGUCUUUAAACUCUGUUAACUAUUCUACUCUAUCUGUUCUGUUACUAGAAAAUUGGUUUUGGUGGUGGACGUUUGACUCGAACGGAACGAAUUUAUAGCAACGAAGAAGGGAAGGAAAUGGAAAAUCAAUUUCUAGCUGUUUGGUUGUAACUGUAAGGCUAGUUCCUCUUCCAUUAUUAGGUUAUUUCAAUUGUACUGGACAAUAACGAGCAGGGGGUGUAGUUUAAAUGUUCGCUUCUUCCGGCUAUUCUUUACCUUCCUCUAUAUUUCUUUUAUUUCUUUCUGCCACUCUUCUGACCCCGUUCCAUAAGCGUAAGCCAAAUUGAUAUAAUUAGUAAGCAUAGAAAGCAACGUCCCCUAGCGCCCACAUUCAUUGCCCCCAUUGCAGCGCCCUUUACCGGAACUGAACACAAGCAUACGAAAAAAACACAAACAAACGAUUGAUAUUUUACUUGUUUUAUUUGCUCAACCGAGAGUGGGCAAGUGGGCUUCAAUAGUGUAAUAUGGAAUAUAAAUAAAAUGCGGAUUAAUGAUGUGUAUCCUAACGUGGGGGAUUAAAAUAAAUUUGCCAACAGAGUUCUGAGAGUCCGGUCCGGUGUCAAAGGCAAUAGCGGCACCGGUUUUCAUACGGCAGAACCAGGAUUCCAAAUUCCAUCAGAGACCGCAUACAGAGCUGAUUACUUUACUACGGGGUAAAAUUGAGUCACAGAAAGCUUAAAAAGCCAGGCUCGAAUCUUUUCGAGGUUGUAGUGUCAAGGAAGAAAAAGUGCUACGAGAGUCUGGGUGACCCGUAGAUUAAGAAAUAAAUAAUUGUCUACCCUACCGAGACAAUAGCGAGCAGUUGCUACUCCAUUUUAGACACAGCUUGGAUUGGGUAAGGUCCUCGAUCACGACAUGCCAUCUCGGCUAAGCUAUUUGACCGCACCGUUUGCAAGGAUGCUCUGUCACAAAGAUAAAGGCGCAGUUUUUGCUCAACUGAUCGAUCAGGACAGGACGCUCACAGGGACCUUCGCGUGAAAAUUCUAUAAACUCUGUCCACAGCUAUUAAUCCAUACGUUAGGUGAGAUGAUUGAUUGAUGAUAAAUCCUCUUACAAGUACGAUCACAUCCAUUUCAGUCGUUGAUCAGUGUCGCCCUUCGAUCCACACGCUACCAGCACACAUCCUUAUCCGAUAUCAACGUGUUCAGUGUUUUUUGUGUUACUAUCCUAUUUAGCCAAGAAAAGAAGAGGAAAGAAAAACCCCGGAAAGGGAUAAGAUUGAAUAAUUGUAAACAAAGAAACAAGGAAGGGAAUGAACAGUGGAUAUUAGUGUAAGCGUUUCCGGUGUACCGUAUCGUUACGAUCACGUGGACACCGGGAACGGAAACGGAAAGCCCAAAACUAAAUAAUUGCAAGCAAACGUGUAACCGAUGAUAAUAAAAUAUACAAUUUUAACUA